UUUUUCAUUCCGUUAAAAAUGCAAAUUGUCCCACGAUGAAAAUUGCUGAGAAGGAAAUGUUAAUUGCAAUACAUAUGAAACUAACUCCAUUUUCAUUUGGAAAUCACUCGCCACCUUGAAUCGUACAACCUCGAUUAAUUAGGCGUAACAACUAAUGAUUAUUGAUUAAUGCCACUGGGUUAAUGACUGUGAAAUUUUGGUAUUCAAUGAAGAUAGAUGACAAUAGAACCUGUCAUUGGCAUCAACUUAGUUUGAAUUCAUCUACGAAUUUCUAAUUUUUCAAAAAAUGUCACAAAAAUUUACAUGCAUUUUCGUUGGAGUUGUGAUUAUAUGCGUGUGCAUUGGUUAUCCAGAUAUGCCGGAGGAACUCUUAUUGAAAUCCUUGUUUCAGAAAUACAACAAGAAUGCUCGUCCUGCCACAGUUUCUGCACCAGUUGUUAACGUGGACCACAGCAUGGACUUCAUUCGUAUCAACAGCUUUAGAGAUUCUACUUUAAAGAGCGAUGUCUGGGUGACAAUGAGAUGGCAGGAUCCACGUCUUAUAUGGAACCCAAGUAACUUUUUUGGUCUGACAUCAUUCAGCAUCGGAUCUGACCAAGUAUGGACGCCAGAUGUGGUCUUAUAUAAUGGUGUGGGUGACAUACAAAAGGCUGAUCUCUCCAGAAGAAUUGUUGUCAAUAACAACGGCAUGAUACUGUGGCUUUUUCCUGCUCAGUUAGAGAGUACAUGUGUCACCAGAAACCAACAAGGAGAGAACGUGUGUCGUCUAAAGUUUGGCUCCUGGACGUACAACGGACUACAGUUAAACCUCACUCACUCGGACAAACAGUUAGGCAUGUCCAACUACUAUCCAAAUCCGGACUGGGAAAUCACCAGCACCAAUUCCAUGCGUAACGUGAUGAUGUACCCAUGUUGUCCUGAACCGUACCAAGAUGUUUCUUAUCAAGUGUCAUUUAAAAGUUCUUUAAAGGGAUAAGUGGAUUUGACAAGUUUAUACGUCUUGCGCAUAAUUUAUACAUGUUAUAUGAUAUGUGUUACUAAAGUUCACCCCUAAAAGUUUUAAUGAAUAUAAAUUUAUUUUUUUUUAAAAUCUUUUUUUUUUUCAUAUGCAAACUUUCUACUGGUCUCAUUUGUCCAGGAUAUUUUGUCGCAAAGUUUGUUUCAUACCUUCCUAGUGAUGUGCUGUUUUGGUUUUUGCUAUCACUAGUGAUAUCACCAGGUCGAAGAAAUAAUCAUAUUUUGAAAAUCCUUAACACAGCACACUACAGAGUUCUAAUUUCAUGGUAGAUAUAUGCAGUAAGAGUGAUCUUCCCUUUGAUGUAAGGAUGAUCUGUAAAUUAAUAGAUAGCAUAACGUCAGACUAAGAUAAAUAACAAAGGAGAGAAAGAUUGGCAUUAGCUGCAGAUAUGUAUCUCAACAGUAUCGAAAAAAUGGAUGGACGAUCAUGGUCGAUACGAUUAUCCAUUCUAUUUUUAGACGACCGACCUACAUAUCUUCAGGGUGCUUGACAUGACCCCACUUUAAAUAUCAAUUGACUACACACUUUUCUCUCUGUUACACUACAUUCUACCAAAAAGGUUGAAUUAGUGUGCAUUUAUUUUACUUUGAAGUGUGUCACUAAAAUGGAAAUCAAGACCCUCUUUUAAAUUUUUCAAGAUAAAUAAAAAUAAUUGAUAAUUCUU